GAGAAGAGCAAUAGGUAUAAUGGCAUGCAAAAAUAAUGAGGAAUGUAGGUAUGCUUAGUAAUUCAAGUAAAAAAUGAAGUGGGCUAAUAUCUCUCUGGUUCUCAUAAUUUACAGAAAGACAACACUGAUGUCAUUAAUGACAUUAGAAAACAAAGAGCUCCAAAAUAAGGCCGAGAUGGUGACAUUCAAAAACCUUGAAUUGACUGAUGAGAAAGAGGAGCUCUGCAGAGAGUAUGAAGAAAGACUGUGGAGAGAGACACAACUGAGGAAGGGCUGCUGCACCUUAUUGAUGGGCAGAAACCGGAUGGACCAGAGACCUGGCAGUAGUGAGUGCAAAAGAGGCGCUGUGAGUGUCUGCCAAACAAGUGCAGAUUUUGCAGAAAACAAGACGGAAGCGCAAGAUAAAAUGAAGCCUCAAAUGGAAUAUAAAUUAAAUAAGAAAUGGCUGAAAGCUUCAGUGGACAACCUCAAAAUAAAAAAAUCGAAGGAACCCGGGCCAAAUAUCCUGAGGUGGCUUCAGCAAUCGCUGAAAGUCCUGAAAGAGGAUUCCUCUGAACAGUACACCCUGCCAGAAUGGCUUAAAGCAUCCAUCAGCAACCUCCCGAAGGAAUGUGCUGAGGCAUCCAGGGAGGAUGUGAAUGGUUGGCUAGAAGGAUCGAUAAAUCAUCUCCAAGAAGAAGGGCCAGAAACCUGUGAUUUAGAUGUGCAGGGAUGGCUUGAAGCAUCUAUUAUAGGCAUUCAACACCUACUAAAGUCCAAGUCAAAGUUUUGA